UCUAGAAAUAGAUCUAGUGAGGCGAAUUUUAAUCAGGAGGUCAGCUCAAGUGGCUUUAUACGCAUUUCCAUUCUCCAAGAGAACAUCUACGCAAUGCGCACGAUAGCAUUAUCCGCGGGAGAGCUGGAUACCAUAUGUAAAAAGAACUAGAGAGGAAUUACCUCAAGGCUAAGGGCUAUGUGGGAGAUGAACUCUCUUACUCUCAUGUUCUCUUCACUAGCAUUCAUUCCUGAGCAUUUUCAGCUCGCAAAAUGCCCCACUCCCUAGACAAAGUCAAUAACGGGAAGAAGAAAAUCAGAUUGCUUUAAGAACGGUUUCUGGAUAUGCGUACAGCGAACAACCGCUGUGACUAAUGCUGGCUCACCUGCUGAUUUCCUCUGGAACUCACGAUUCUUGGCGCUGACCAAAAAAGAUCGCAGUCUCUGUGAACGAGAUUGUUUUGAGCGCAUGACGUUGACCUGUUUGUGUUUCUUUCACUGAUUUAGACGAAGUGCAUGAUCUUGGAUGGAGAGAACUGACCAGAUAUUACCGUCAAGCUGUCGACAUCGCAAAGACGAUAACAGGACAAGGAAACGAGAGCGAGGCUGUGUCGGAAUUCAAAAGCCGUCUGAAGUCUUAUUCGUUUUACCUCAACAAACAGCCUUUUCCAAAAAACGAGUCUGACGAGGAAGCUUUCCAGAAGUGCAUCAAAAGUAAGUGUGGUAGAGUGAAGUGUGUGAGGUGCGCAGGCAUGUUAAUACAUCAGGACUCUGGAUCGAGCGGUUUAAAGAAUUUGAUUUCCGGUCUCUGUUUCUCUGUGUUAAUACCUGUAAUUUUGCAUUAAUUACUUGUUCACUUGUUAACCAGACGCAGCUGUUAACUGUCCUCGGCGAUAUUCCACCAUGACACACUGGAUAGAAAUCGCUCGCAGCACGUUAACAUUGAUGCGAGCAAAAAUACUCAAUUUAUUUUACUUUGUGGGCGAGAGAAGGACCGUACCAGCUUGUCCCGUUGAGCCAGUCAUCAAUUUUUCUCCUUCUGUUGGCGUGGCCACUUACACCCCCUCCCUGAGUAACUGUCGGUUCACAGGCAGGUACAAAUUGCCAUUCUUUGUUGAUAAGAUGGGAUCUGAGUUCAUGGAGUGGACUACAACAGUACACGAAGGUAUCCCUGGCCAUCACCUCCAGGACGCAAGCUACAAGGAUGUGUUUAAGCCUCGCAGAGCUUCUUGUCCAAGUAUGUUAAAACGAACCAGCAUCACAGCGUACAAAGAAGGAUGGGCCACCUACACGGAGUAUCCCCUUAUGAGUCUUGACUCAGAUUUGUACAAAGGUCAACCAUUGCGUCGGUACGGAGUGAUUAAGUCUCAAAUCUGGCGAGCACUCCGCCUCGUCAUCGACACGAGUCUACAUCACAAGGACAUGUCACGUGACGAAGCACUGACCUUACUUAGGCAUUAUAUGUGGAACGACAGUGACAUCGUAACCAAAGAAAUUACUCGUUACCAGGCUUGGCCUGGCCAGGCUACCUCUUACAUGAUUGGUCAACAAGAGAUUUGGAGGAUGCGCAAUGAGUCCGAAGCAACCCUGGGACGAAAAUACGAUAUUCGAGAUUUUCAUUAUCACGUGAUUUCGGAAGGAGACGUACCUCUAUGGUAUCUAGAUGACUACAUUAAAAACUUUUACGUUAGUUGUGUUUUGUCGGGAGAGUCACACGACGAUACCCAGCGAUGCUUCAGUUGACUAUUAAUUAACAACAGAGAAAUUUCGUUUAUUAGUCUUAUGUGAACAAAUGUGAAAUCUUCUAGCUCAUCCAGACAUACAGGAGGACAGAAAUUUAAUUGUUUUAUGACUUACGUUGACCACAAAGCAGGACAAUUGAAGUUUUUGAAGUAAGAUUUAUUUAUCACAAGCAGGAGCCCAUCACUAGGAGCGUGCAACUACCCCAUAUUCCUGUCACGACGUU